GUGAGAGAAAGGGAAUAAUAGCGGCGACUGCAGGCGCAUCUUGUUCCUGACCCAGAAGGCAAUUCCAUGCUAUUGUGCGCUAUCUGUGGGAGUAGGCUGAGAGAGAGACUGGCUAUCUGACGGUAGGGACCCGGCCUCACUCACCCACGUUUAACGCACACAUUCCCGUGAUUCCAGGAAAAUGAAGAGACAUACAAUCUGGUGUUUCUUCACCGUGUGCUUGGCUUUUUCUUUAGCACAUCAGCAUGAAGAACACUAUGAAAAUGGGGAGCACAAUGCUGAGUUUGACAAAAAGAUGUUCCUUGGAGGAGAGGAAGAAGCUGAAGAAUUCACUGAAUUAAGUCCAGAAGAUCAGCUGAAAAGGCUCAAGUCGAUUAUCAGGAAAAUCGAUACAGACUCAGAUGGAUAUCUUACAGAAGAGGAGCUGAGUUUCUGGAUUCAGAAAUCUUUCAAACACUAUAUAUUAGAAGAUACAAAAGAGCAUUUUGCUGAAAUUGAUAAAGACGGUGAUGGCAUUGUCACCUGGGAUGAAUACAAUAUGCAUAUGUAUGACCGAAUAAUUGAUUAUGAUGAAAACACUGUUCUUGAAGAUGAAGAGGAAGAAUCAUUCCGGCAGAUUCAUUUAAGAGACAAGAGACGCUUUGACCAUGCAGACAGAGAUGACAUUCCUGGUUUGAAUCUGACAGAAUUUACCGAUUUUGAGCACCCAGAGGAAACUGAUCAUAUGUCGGAAUUUGUCAUUGAGGGAGCUCUAGAAGAGCACGACAAAGAUGGAGAUGGAUUUGUUAGUUUGGAAGAAUACCUUGGAGAUUAUACACAAGAUCCAGGUACAGUGGAAGAUCCGCACUGGUUAAUCGUCGAGAAAGACCGAUUUAUGAAUGAUUAUGAUAAGGAUGGUGAUGGGAGACUCAACCCUGUUGAGCUCCUCUCUUGGAUUGUUCCAAAUAACCUGGGGAUUUCACAAGAAGAGGCGAGCCAUCUAAUGGAAGAAAUGGAUAAAAAUGAGGAUCAGAGAUUGAGCGAAGAGGAAAUUCUACAGAACAAGGAUAUAUUUUUAACCAGUGAAGCGACAGACUAUGGAAGGCAGCUUCAAGACAAACAUUUUUACCAUGAUGAACUUUAGUUUGAUUUCAUUCCCAAGAUACUGUUUUAUUCUUUUUAUUUAUAGGAGAUCACAAAAACCUCAGCUAGUUUGUUAGUUUCUUUAAUUAAACACGUUUGGAGGUAGGAGCGCACUGUUCUGUUCAGUAGAUGGGUUCUGAAUUCAAUGUAAUGUUUGGAAGUAGGUCUUUGUAUCCGUCUCAGCAUUUUGACCAACAUUUGCACAACAAAUGUGCUUAUCCUUGUUAAAGACUUUUUUUUGAGUCAAAGUUAUUGUGAAGGACUAGUAUGUCCAUGGUGGCAAAAAGGAUGACUGGACUUAUACUUUCUAACUACUGGAGAGACAUGACAUUUAAGCUUAAAUGGAUUAAAUUUCCUAAUCAUACAAUUUGCCCUUUCUUUCUCUUUGAAAGACUGCAAAAGAAUACAUACACCUGGGAACAAAGAACAGUAAGUUUAUGAAUAUCGGUACAUAUAUGUAUCCGCACGUCUGCUAUAUUGCUUGAUAUGAAGUUUUUGCAUAAAUGGAGAGAAUGUGUGUUCUGUUUACACAACAAAAUGCCCUUGUGACUUCUAUGGAAAACAUUACUGGCUGUUCCGACUGGAGAUCUCCUGCUAACAGCAGUCUAUAACUGUGGUUUCAACCAUGUUUCUCAGCUAUUAGGCAAGCCAUUCAUACAGUAACACAAAUGCCUUCAUCUAAUACACUUUGGAGAAAAUGUAUCAAAAUGUGAGAACUUUUACCCAUUGAUAAAUACCCUCUUGAAAAACCUACACAAAUGAAUAUAAAGUAGGUGAAUUUUUCUGUGGUGCGCUCUAAUCUCACACCUUUAUAAAUCAGGCCCUUAAGUAUCCAGUAAGUACAAUUGAAUUGUUUUUUUUCCCAGAUAUUUGCAUUUUAGGUUAAAACUCUAAAAUGCAUCAGUAUUUCCCUUUGCCAUGAGCCUACUUUGGUUUAAGACAGUACUGGGAUUAAAAGAAACUGUAUCUACUUUACUAAUUUACAUUUUUUUUCUUCAAAAAGUUAUAAUCUGUCCGUUUACCUGUUAUUCUGUCCAAACUGUUGUCAUUUAUUACCAUCUACCACAAAUAAAAUAAUAGAAAAACUUGUUUUAUUAUUA